UGUUCUUCUUUAAUCAGUGCUCAGCUGGUCACUCACUCCUCUAUAUGCAUGUCGAUCACUAGUACUAGCCGCUAGCUAGCUUCCAUUUUCUAUCACCCUCGAAUCUUAGCUGUACCCACGUAUAAAUGGCACUGCACUGAACUUUGCUGUUACACACGCAUACCGAUAUAUCCUCUGCACAGACCCAGAGGCCGGUAGCACUAACUUCCACAAUCCAUCCAUAUCUAGCUCUCUAACUAGCUCUAACUAGCUAGCUUGGUCCGCCGGAGAUGGAUUCCAGAGGCGGCGUCGGCGAUGCUCGUCGUGUCAGCUCAGUGCUGAAUGCCAUGGUCCUGCUCGCGUGGGCUUGCUCCUUCUUGGGCGGCGCCGACGCCCAGGCCCAGGCCCAGGCCCAAGCAAAGCUGGAUGUCGGCUACUACAACGGCAGCUGCCCGGACGCCGAGGACCUGGUCACCACGAUCGUCCACGCCUCCAUCCGCAUGGACCCCGGCAACGGGCCCGGCCUCAUCCGCCUCUUCUUCCACGACUGCUUCGUCAGGGGCUGCGACGCGUCGGUGCUGCUGGACGACCCGACGGGGAACUCGACGGCGGAGAAAGACGCGCCGCCAAACUUCCCCUCCCUACGAGGCUUCGGCGUGAUCGACCGCGCGAAGCGCGUGGUGGAGCGCCGGUGCCCGGGGACCGUCUCCUGCGCCGACAUCCUCGCCUUCGCGGCACGUGACGCGUCGCGCAUAAUGGGGGGCGUCAAGUACUCCGUCCCCGCGGGACGGCUCGACGGCCGGGUCUCCCGGUCCGCCGAAGCGCUCAACAACCUCCCACCCGCGAGCUCCAACAUCACGCGGCUCGUCUCCCUCUUCAAGUCCAAGAACCUGACCGCCGACGACAUGGUCACGCUGUCCGGGGCGCACUCCAUCGGCCGAUCCCACUGCUCCUCCUUCACCUCGCGCCUCUACCCGAGGAUCGACGCCACGCUGAAUGUCACUCUGGGGAAAGCUCUUCGUGCCGGGAAGUGCCCGGCGGCGACGGGGAGGCUGGAUAGAGUGGUUCAGUUGGACCAUGUCACGCCGUUGAUGCUGGACACGCAGUAUUAUGUCAAUGUGGGGAACCAUGAGGUGCUCUUCGGGUCCGACCAGGCGCUGACGGACAGGACCGACACGGCGAGGCUCGUCGCGGCGUACGCCGGCAACCGGAAGCUCUGGUCGCGGCGGUUCGGGGAGGCCAUGGUGCAGAUGGGCUACGCCGACGUGCUCACCGGACCGCCAGGGGAGAUCAGGAAAGUCUGCAGCAGAGUCAACUAAAGCUAGCUUAGCUAGUGGAGUAGUACAGCAUCAAACACAUUUCUUUUGUUUUAUUUUUUUCUCUCGAUUCAGAGUUCUGUGCAUGCAUGCACAUGUGUACUGAUCCGGCCGCUAUUAGCUGUACAUGAUAUGAUCGAUCGCCAGAUUCUGCCUUAAUUGGCUCCGAGGUGCAUGCUACCUAAGGGUAGAUCAGUUGUCACAUUGUCGGAAAAUUCCAUUGAUUGAUUUUGUGGGGCUAUACUUGGUUAUUAGGAGAGAAAUGAAUGAAUCAAGAAUGAUAAUGAGAUCAGUGUAUUAA